AUGCCAGGGCAAGUCGAAAGUCCCCGCCACCCUAUAGGCCUCCGCAGCGAACACAUCGCUGAAUUCCAAAGACUCCUCUGGAUCGAACCAAGCUACGAUCCCCAGUCCCCCGCUGAGUUCAAAAUAAACUACGACAGCGAUGAUUCCACCCUCAUCACAGUAACAGGCACCAAAUAUAGCUCCCGGCGCGUCCGCGAAUUCCGCGACGCCUCAGGGCUGCCCAUGUUCGAAGCACAACGCAUACGGCUCCCGUGGAAGAGCAAGCCUUGGCGAAUCCGGCUACCAGGGACCGAAAAUGAGGAUCUCGCUGAUGUGAAACGGAAGGGGAUGAUGUAUGAUUUUAAUUUAACAUUUUACAAUGCUCUUGCGCAGGAUGCGAAAUCUGACGAGGAGAAGAUGGUUACUUUGGAGGUCAGGCAUUCAUCGGCGUUUUGUACGUUUGGAAUUUGGGCGGGUGGGCGGAAGGUUGCUGAUGUGCGGGAGAGUGUAGAGAGGAAUAGGACAAUUUCUAGUAUGUUGUCGCUUGGGGUUACUGGGAGGUCAUCUUAUAUGCCGAGUAGAUCGAUUAUGGAGGUUCUUGUUGCUGAUGGGUUUGACUUUUGUUUGGCUUCACUUUGUGCGAUCAUUAUUUGUGAUACGUACUUUCGAUCUACGGCUCCUACUCCUGCUGAGAUUCGAGCCCGGGAGAAACGGCUUAAUCCGAUGAUGAUAACGAGAUGA